AUGAAUUUGUGUGUGAAUUCAAGUUUAGGCACCGUUUUCCUUUCUUCUAAAGAAUGUUCACUUGAUUCACACACAAGUGAAUAUAUUUAUGAGUUUGUUGAGCAUGGCAUUGAACAAGUUGGAGUUGAAAAUGUUGUUCAAGUUGUCACGGAUAAUGCCUCAAACAACAUGGGAGCUUCAAAGUUGUUGAAAGAGAAGAGCCCAACCAUCUUUUGGACUUCUUGUGCCACCCACACGAUAAAUCUAAUGCUUCAAAGCAUUGGAAAUCUCUCAAGGUACAAGAAAAUCCUUGAUCAAGCAAAGGCUUUAACGAUCUUUAUUUAUGCUCAUCACAAGACUUUGGCAAUGAUGAGAACUUUCACAAAGAAGAGAGAAAUAGUGAGGCCCGGUGUGACUAGAUUUGCAUCUUCAUUCCUUACUUUGCAAAGUUUAGCCGAGAAGAAGAUUGAAUUAAGGGCAAUGUUUUCUAGCAAUGAAUGGGAGGCAUCUAAAUUUUCCAAUAUAGCUAAAGGGAAGGUAGCACACUCAACCGUAACGAGUAUGGGAUUUUGGCAAGGUGUAACGGCAUGUUUGAAGGUUUUUGCACCAUUGGUGAGAGUACUUCGACUUGUUGAUUGUGAUAACAAGCCAUCAAUGGGGUUUGUAUAUGGUGAGCUUAUGAGAGCAAAAGAGGAAAUCAAACAUGCUUUUUCCAAUGUCCCAAGGAACUAUAAAUCGAUUAUUGACAUUAUUGAAGAAAAAAUGAAAGAUAGGCUUGACUCUCCUCUUCAUUUGAUGGCAUAUUUGUUGAAUCCUUAUUACCAUUAUAAGGAUCCACAACUUCAUUUGGACGAAGUUGUAGUUGUUGGAGUUGUUGAUUUUUGUGAUAUUCUAUUCGUCAAUGAUUUUGACAUGCAAAAUCAUAUUGUAAGUGAAGAAUUGCCAAAAUAUAAGAAGAAGGAUGGGAUGUUUGGAAGAAGCAUCGCAAUCAAAGCAUGUGAGGUGAAUGAUGACAACUUUAAUCCUGGUAAGUCAUUCUUUAUUCUUUAA